AUGACGAUUUGGCUCGUUUCUCCAUCACCACCAAUGGGUAAUAAUCGUCGCAUCGAGCUUGCUGGAAUUGAUUUGUGGCUCGGAUUAUCUACCAACCGAGUAUUCGUCUAUCCAUCUGAGUUCAAUAUUGAUCAAUUCAAGUAUGCACUGAGUCGUGCUCUUUCAUUAUGGCCCCUCGUUGCCGGUCAUUUCCUUUUGCUUGAAGGUGAUCGUUACUUGAUCGAAAUGUCCGACAAUCCAAUCCCAGUCACUUGUGCUGAAAAUACUGAGCUAGCUGCUUGGCCCACCCACUUGAAUAUUAUUUCAGACCAGCAUAAAGAUCCACUUCCACCAUUUAUUGACGAAGUGCCAACUCGGAAACUAAUUUAUGGUUCUCAAGAGGAGCCUCUCCUUCGUUUAAAACUAACUCGUCUUGAAAGGAGUGGCGAAUGGAUUUUAGGAGUUAGUUGGGCACAUGUGUUGGGAGACGGUGCAGUCUCUGCAAAGUUUUUAAAUACCGUGUCACGUUUUUACCAAAAUUUGGAACCACUCGAACCACUUCCUGUAUUCGAACGACGUCUAUGGCGAGAAGAUGAAGCGGAUUUAUCUUUUUUGCCUAUGUUGAAGUAUCUGACUCAUGCUGGACCAUCAGAAGAAAGGUAUAAACUUAAUAGUGGUUGGUAA